AUGAUGCAAAUGCAACAGCAUCAGGGCCAGGUGCCCCCCCCUCCUCCGCCGCCGCCUCAGUUUGCGCCAUCACAUCAGAUCGCGGCCAUGAAUGAGGCUGUUUGGUUGCAAAUAGGGAGCUAUGCGGAGGUUUUGCGCAAUCCAGAUGAAGCCAUGCAGGCAUACGAGCGCGCUCUUCAGGCGAACCCCAACUCAACCCAGGCCAUGAACGCAAUUGGCCUCCUCUACAAGACCCGUGAAGCUUUCGAGAAGGCGCUCGAGUUCUUCCGCGCCAUCGUUCAGCUUGAGCCCAACAACGGCGAAGCUUGGGGAAACCUUGAAAAUCUACAAAAGGCCUACGAUGCAUAUCAACAGGCUUUGGUUAACUUGAGAGACCCCAAGGAUCCUAUGUUGUGGUAUGGUAUCGGCAUACUGUACGAUCGAUAUGGCAGCUACGAUUACGCCGAAGAAGCGUUCUCUCAAGUUAUGAACAUACAGCCUGACUUCGAGAAAGCAAAUGAGAUCUAUUUCCGACUCGGUAUAAUAUACAAACAACAGAACAAGUGGGUUCAGAGUCUUGAAUGCUUCAAAUACAUUGUCAAUUCUCCUCCUGGUCCCUUGACGCAGGAAGACAUCUGGUUCCAGAUUGGUCAUGUUCAUGAGCAGCAGAAGGAUUUCGAUAGCGCUAAGGCUGCCUACCAACGUGUCCUGGACCAUUCACCCAACCAUGCUAAGGUUCUUCAGCAGCUUGGUUGGCUGCAUCACCAGCAGAGCAACACGUAUGAGAGCCAAGACAGAGCCAUCCAAUACUUGGAGAAGUCGGUCGGCGCAGACAAUCAGGAUGCCCAGAGUUGGUAUCUCUUGGGCCGAUGCUAUAUGUCGCAGCAGAAGUAUCCAAAAGCCUAUGAGGCUUAUCAACAAGCUGUUUAUAGAGAUGGGAAGAACCCAACUUUCUGGUGCUCCAUCGGCGUGCUUUACUAUCAAAUCAACCAGUACAGGGAUGCACUUGACGCUUAUUCUCGCGCCAUCAGGCUGAACCCUUAUAUCUCAGAGGUUUGGUAUGAUCUGGGAACUUUGUACGAAAGCUGCAACAACCAAAUUACGGAUGCUCUAGAUGCUUACCAGCGUGCUGCUGAACUUGACCCUAACAACCCCCAUAUCAAGGCAAGACUUCAGCUCCUUCGCUCUGGUGGUACCAAUGGCGGACCUCCUCCUGCUCCUCAGCCUGCAGAUGUUCACCCACAAGCUUACCAGGCCGCUGGCCCCGUUGGACCACAAUGGGGAGGAUCGACUCAACAGCCGCCUGCUGCCGGUCCUCCACCACCUCCUCAAGGCCCAGGAGAGAACUGGGCGGGCAGACUGUCCAACAUCAACCCUCCACCGCAACCCCCCAAUCCCUAUGAAGCCCGAGGCGAGCCUUUCCGUGGAGGACCUGCACCACCUCUGCGACAACCUAGCCCUCAGCAAGAGCAGUUGCGCCAGCCCUAUAAUGAUCCCAACCGAGGCGGACCUCGCCGUGGUCAAACACCCCCUCCUCCCGGUCAUCAGUAUUCUCAACCACCACACGCUCCUCCACAAUCCCAGCCUUCUGCUCCCGCUUCUGAGCGACGAGUCGCAAAUCCUAACUGGGGUGGAGCGACACCGUCAGCAUCAGCACCCCCACCCAGCAACAUCAAUGGCCCCAACGGUCCUAACGGCAUGGCUCCUUUCCGACCUACCAACAGCCCUCGACCUGAUGGCCGCCCUGUUCAUGACAACCGCAUGCCUUCACCAAAAUCCGCAUACCCUCAGCAUCAGGCCCCUCCUCUGUAUCCUCAACAUCCUGAGAUGGCUGCUCAGGGAACCGAGAAUGGCCCCCAAGGACCAUCCGGACCGCCAGGACCGCCUCCUCCACCCGCAGUGGCGGAGGCUGCCAUGCAGAGAAUGGAUGACCGGCCACCUUCAGUGGGCCCCAAGCGCAUGCGAGAGUGGGAAGAAGAAUCUGCUGCCAAGAAGCAAGCCAGUGAGGAAAACCGAGUUCGACUCGAUGACAUGCGUCAUCGAAGACCGUCUACUCCUCCUCGUGAUAACUAUCGUCGUAACUCUUCCGAAAUUCGGCGAGCUGAUGAUACUCGUCGACCUGACGAACCACGCCGCGAGGAACCCCGCAGGCCCGAAUCAGCCCCUCGCCAUGCCACUGAGAGCUAUCAUCCCUCAGAAGCAGCCCACCACCCCCCAAGCCACGCCUCCGGUCCCAGCCACUUACCGCCAAUGCAGCAGCCACCUACUCCGAUGUCUGGCGUUGUGCAUGAGAAGCCACCAGUAUCUGCUACACCUAAAGAAGAUCGUCCUCCAAGUCUGGAACAUGCGCCACCUCCUCCUCGCGCAGCUCCCCCUACCGAGCCUGAAAGAGCAGCAAGAAAGAUGGACGUUGAUGAGGACUACGAUGACAGCGGGGAAGACGAGAAGAAGGCGACUAUUGUCACAAAUGGCUCUGGUCCCAGCUCGGCAGCUGGAGAUGCCAAGACAUCCACUCCCGCGAAUGUUGGUGUAAACGGAGUUUCAGGUACUGUCACAAAAGUUGAAUGA